GGUGGGGGGGUGUCUGCAGCAGCAUUUAAAUUCUGGGAGGUCUGGCUGUCAGCAGCAAGAAGAGGAGACAGGACUGCAGCACCGUUUGGGACUGGACUCUCUUCUCAGGGCAGUGGCAGUCUUCUCAGCCAACCGCAGACAGAGGAAAAAUCAUUACCAUGAGAAUUGCAGUGAUUUGCUUCUGCCUCUUAGGCAUUGCCUACGCCCUUCCAGUUAAACAUGCAGAUUCUGGCAGCUCUGAGGAAAAGCAGCUUUACAAAUAUCCAGAUGCUAUAGCCACUUGGCUAAAGCCUGACCCAUCUCAGAAGCAGAAUCUCCUAGAGCCACAGAAUACUGUCUCCUCUGAAGAAACUAAUGACUUCAAACAAGAGACCCUCCCAAGUAAGUCCAAUGAAAGCCAUGACCACACAGAUGAUGUGGAUGAUGAUGAUGAAGACCAUGUGGAUAGCCAGGACUCAAUCGACUCAGAUGACUCAGAAGACGCUGACCAUACUGAUGACUCUGACAAUUCUGAUGAGUCUCACCACUCUGAUGAAUCUGAUGAACUGGUCACUGAUUUUCCCACUGACUUUCCCAGAACCCCUGUUGUCACUCCAGCUCUGCCCACAAGAGACACAUAUGAUGGACGAGGUGAUAGUGUGGCUUAUGGACUGAGGUCAAAAUCUAAGUUCCAAAGAUCUUUAGUCCAGUACCCUGAUGCUACAGAGGAGGACCUUACGUCACAUAUGGAAAGUGAUGACAUCGAUGAUGCACACAAAGCCAUCCUUGUUGCCCAGGGCCUGCAGGUGGCUUCUGAUUGGGACAGCCAUGGGAAGGACAGCCAGGAAUCAAGCUUGCUGGGUGACCACAGUGUGGAAGCUGAUAGCCGCAAGUAUUCCAAAGAAUAUAAGCUGACAGUGACUGCUGAGAACAAUGAGCAUUCUGACGUGAGAGAUAGUCAGGAAAAUUCCAAAGCCAGCCAUGAAUUUCACAGCCAAGAGCUUCAGAGCCAUGAAGACAAGCUAGCCUUAGACCCUAAGAGUGAGGAGCAAGAUAAACACCUAAAAUUUCGCAUUUCUCAUGAAAUAGAAAGUGCAUCAUCUGAAGUCAAUUAAAAAAAUACAAUUUCUUGCUUUUAGUUAAAAAGAAACAAAACACAUUAUUGCAGGAUGGGAAAGAAUAUGAAAUGCUUAUUUUUCAGCUUAGUUGGUGAAUGGAUAUAUAUGUGGAUCUGAAAAUAGAUAAUGUUUUUGACCAAUAGUUAAUGUGUGGCUUCAUAAUAACUUUGUAAACUAAAAGCUUAAGGGUUAAAUAUAUGUUCUUUCCACAUAAGAAAUGCAAACUAACACUGUAUUUUAAUGUUUGCUAUUUUUUCAUGAAUAAAAACUUAUGUAGAAGCAAA